AUGCCACAGCGGAAUCAGUUCCUCGCGUUUAUUAGAAGCGGCGAGACACGGAUAGGAAUUGUACCGGCGCGGUCGCGGGUGGGGGUUGAGAGUGCGAGAGACAGGCGUGCGCUGCGAGUGACGUCAGAGCGCCGUGCCGAGCCCGUUUCCACGGCAACGCGAGCCGGCGGGCGUCAGCAGCGCCGCGCGCGGGCGUCGGCGGAAGCUCGGGGGUGGCGGGCGGCGGCGCCCGGACGCUCGGCGCGGCGCGGCUGGGCUGGGGUAGGGUGCGCUCGGCGCUGGCGGCGGCAGUGCGCGGGCAGCCCCCUGCCGGUGAGCCACGGCGCGGUCAGCGUGGAGAGCAGCGGAGGCGGCAGCGGCGGCCGCGGCCCAGUAGUGCCCGUGUCUGCCCCCUCCACCUCGUGCUGCGGCCCUCUCCCCCAGCGGCCAGCUCGCUCCUCCAGCGCCCUGCCCGUGGGCAGACCUGUUGCCACGGUGCGGAGGACCCGCCAGCGCAAGACGCCGCAGCUGCGCCGGUCGCUGACCGCACACUCUAUAUCCGUGCCUGACCCGGAGAUUACGGGGCGCUGCAUGCUGCACAGUCGCUCUGCCGGCCUCAUCCUGCAGGUGCUGCUAUCUGGCGGCACGUGCCGCCACACGUUCGGAGUGACGAUGAUCGGCGCGAUGCCCGCGGUGGCGGUGCGCCACGAACGGCGCAAGCAGGAGAAGCGCGCCGGCGGGGGCGGCGGGGGCGGGCGCCGGCCGAGCCAGCUGCAGCUGCAGCUCGCCGCCCUCAAGGGCCGCGGCUCGCCGCCGUCGCGCGCCACCUCGCCCUCGCCCUCGCCGCAGAGUCCGCCCAGCGUGCGGCAGCUCGACGACCCCUUCUCCAGGGAGAUCUACGUCUGCGGCAAGGUAUCUAUUCUCCACUUGUUGGUGGUGUCUCUGCUGCUGGGUACAGUUUUGCUGAUAGUUGGACUAGUCCAGCUGAAACCAGGAGCAGAUGCCUCCGACCAUCGAUAUGCUCUGCUUGGUGCAGGAGGAGCUCUAGUGGUGAUUGGGGCCAUACUAACAUCAGUGCGCUGUCGACUGUUACCGUGCUAUGAAGCCACUUCUGCUUCACAUGAGUGUAUACAGAGACAACAUUCACAACUAGAGACACAGCAACAAGAACAAGAAUCUCAGCUUCCAGAACAGAAUGAAAAUAAUGAGACACCAGCUGUGGAAGACAAUUCAGUUGUUGUGGAGCAACACCUCAGUAUGAGUGGAGGUUCUCAUGGCGCCUUCCUCUCAUCUCCCUCUGAGCAUGAUGCACUGCUUAUUCCCACUUCAUCUUCUCAAAACACCGUUCAUGCCGUAUCUCACACUCCUUCUAACUGCAACUGUGAUCCUGAAAAAGCUUGCACUACAGUUAGUAACUCUUAAGGGGUGUCAUUGUUCCGUAAUACUCAGAGCCUGGUCUCUACAGCUGGCAUAUGUGAUUCUGAGAUUGGGAAAUGAAAGAUACAAUAUGGGAAGAAAAUUAAAUGCUUCUCUGUGUAGCAUAACCUACAGUGUUCCACUGAAUCCUGACCAUCAUUAAGCUAACUUCUACUUUUUCUGAGUAGAAUAUAGCCCAGAUACAGCAGCACUUUACAAACAAACUUUAAAAAUAUUUUUAGGGAUUGAAAUUGUAAAAGGCUGUCCACAAUCAUUGCAGAUUGUCUCACUGUCCAUACUUCAUGUGAAUACCAGUACUGAUUAUUUAUCAGUAUUAGCAUUAGCAGUAACUUUCAUUAAUGGAUAAUUUCAUAUUAUAAUGCUACACCAGAGUUUGACAAGAAGUAUCUACAUUACUUAACCAAACUGGGAGUUAUGAAUCCCCUAACUCUGCAAAAGAACAAUGGCAUAUCUUAGUUUUCAUAUAUGCCAGUUGCAAAGAACCAUCAUGACAGUGCCUUCUAGCACAUCUUCUUCACAGCAGGCACCAUGACACAUCCUUGAAAAUGCAUACAGAGAGAUAAAAGUAUGCUCUAAGAAGUAUCCCACUGUAUCAAAAGUUGUGGUUAUGUCCACUGCUAUGCAUUUUCAUUUCUUUUCAUCUUUCUCUGUCUUUUACUGUCUCUCUGUAUCUCUAACUCUCACAUCAUAAAUUUAUUUGACUCUCUCCCAUCUCCUUCCAUUUUCACCCACUGACUCAGUAUAAGAAAUGCAUUCUUCUGUAUGUCACUCAUCAUUUACAGAUUUGUUAUGCUAUCAUAGAUUUCAAUAUAUUUCAUGUACUGUAACAUCACACUGUAAUGCUUCAAAAGCACUGUUACAGAAACAUUCCCAUCAUACAAAAGAUAUACUUUUGGAUGCCUUGAAGCUUGUAAACUCCAUAAAAGGAGGUACUUAAAUACUCUGUAUAGUACAUUUUAUAAUUAUAAAUUUUAAGAUUAAGAUUGAUCGCAAUUAAAACAACUUUAUAAAAUAUUAUUUACACAAAAAUUGUUUACAAAGAUCAGCAGUGGAAUAUAUCUUUACAUAAAAAAGUUGUAUAAAUUACUGAACUGCCUACUGCAGUCAAAUAUAUUGUAAACCAGGUGUAAAAAGCAACACAUUGCAAAAAACAAUUGUGCUGUUUUCAUGCUGAUUUAUUUAGUCUAUAAAGUCAAUUUCAUUAUAUAAAUAAAUAUGCAACAAUGCUCAGUUGUGUUUUCCACUGACUAAAAUCAUGCGCAGUAUAUGGCAAACAUACUAAUAGGUUAAGGGUGUAGAAACAGGCACACACACAAAUACAAGAAACAAGUUUUCCACAAAUUUGAUAUCACUUUAUAAAGAAGUUCAAGGAACUUUGCCAAUAUGCUUGAUCUGGAUCUUUCCUAUUUCAUCAGUCUCUUUAAAUACCAUUAACUGUACCGCCAUUUACCAGUUUACAAUUUAAAAAAUGGUUUCUGUUGUAUUCAGUGUGUCAUUGUAAACUGACAGACCGUUAAAAUAACAUUCUUUACCUCUGACAAAGUAUAGGUAAGCUGUAAGUAUCUCAGACCAAAACAUUAUUACAUGCGAAAGUAUAACUUACGUUAUUAAUUUGCAGUGUGAACUUGUUUGGUAGACUGCAGAGCUGCAUUUAUGGGAUUAUGGAAAAAUAUGAAUGACAAAAAUUUGUCAUUAUAACGAGCGCAAAGAAAAACUCAAGCCAGCGAUAUUAGAAGUUUUUAUCAGGUAAUGAAGAUGCUUAAAUGCUAACUGAAAUCUGUUACAGCAUUAAAAAUCCCAGAAAUAGAGCUGAGCUUUGUAUAUAGAAUAGAACUAACAUUGUUCUUGGCAUAUCCCCUCUCAUCAUUUGCUCUAUGCUUGUACCUUUAUUUUACAAAAUUUUCCUUUGUCACUUCUUGUGUAUAACAUGAUAGCACUUGGAGUAAGAAGAAGGAUAACAAAUUUUAUUAAAUUCGAUAUACUCCUAUUCAUAUGUGACCUUUACAGCAGCCUACCAGCACUGCUAUUCUACGUCAAUGUCAUUUGUCCACUAAACCAAGGUGUGAAAAAUAUCAUACGAGUGCAGAUGCAUAUGUUGAAAAACUGCCUGACAUUUCUAAAGGACUCUAGGUGACCAACAUUCUACUUCAUUAAACCACUUGUUUGUUCCAUUUGUAAUUUUUCUUCUGUCACUAUGCUGUAUCACAAACAAGAACCACAAAGAGCUAUAUAUUAGCUUUUUUUUCAGACAUCAAAUAUGCUCAUGAUCCUGUCAAUUUUAAUGCAUAAUCUGUUACUAACACUAUUAAUGACAAUAGUCAAUUUUAUUAGGUCUGUGUGAGUCUAGCCAUGCACUUGGGGAAUGGUUCAAAAUUUUGCCAUGUUAUCUUCACAAGAGAAGCAAUGAUGGAAACAUUACAUAACCACAGGUGAUUUAUGUAAUUGUUAUAAUACUGGAGAUUCAGCCUGCAGAUAUUUGGCAUGCAGUGUUAAUUGAAAACCACCCCUGAUUUUAUGGAUAAAAUUUAUAUUGAAUAGACUCUUUUGGAACUGAAAUUAGUUUUAUUUCAGUAUAAUGAUUCUACCAUGAAGGACCAUUGUUGGAUUUCCCACUAUACUUUAGGACAUGUACAUAUUAAUGAUUUAGCAUUUAUAUGAAUACAUAGCAGCAUGCAAACUAUUUUGAGAAACUAUUUGAUGAUCACUUCAAUGUAUCAGUUACAGAUACACAUUAUAAUCCUACAUUUAUACCAGUAACACUCCUCUGUUAGACAAGCUGAAACAGUUUAUUUUUUGAUAAUUUAGAGAGACAUGCUCUGUCGUUAUAGCCAGUUCCUCUCACAGGAACUCUCUGUUAGCAGUGAGAACAAAAGAUAAAUGUAGUGGUAAAAGGAGAUAAUGAGGAGAAGAGAGCUCAAG